AUGGCUCCGCCAGCGCCCCUCCACCCUCCCUCCCCCUCGGGAUCGACCGAACGAUUGGCCGAAGAGCUAGCACCAACAAUCGACCAGCUGAAGAACCUCGGCGCGGGCGCCGCGAUUACUCUUCCCCAGGCCCUUUCCACCACGGAGCCCCUUCUCCGCCUUCGCCAUACCUUCAUCGACGAUGCACUUCCUCGCGCUGCCAAAGAUGCAUUCCGUCAUCUCCAAGGCUUCCAAACAUUGUUGGCGUUUGCAAACCAAAUCGCCGAGCUCUACCACCCCGAAAACCUGUCCAAAGAGGAAAGCAAGGGACUUCUGAGCAUAUUCAAGGAUGUCCUUGGUGUUGUGGCAGAGGGCUUGAAGGACCACUUUGGCAACAAGCGGUAUUUUGCCCGCAAGAUAGCUGGAGGAGGCAUUGCUGCGCUGGAGCAGAUCUUGACCUCGCUGGUCAAGAAGAUAGACACGACUGAAGGUGAUGCACAUCAUCUCUACGGCGCCAUUCUGGCCGCAGCCCUAUGCCAGGAGACAGUGUCUGGCAUCUUUGUGACACUGGACACAAAAUUAUCCUCCGCCACCCCCGCAGCAUCGCCACAGGACAUACAAGAUGCUGUCGAUCGCUGCAUAGGCUCCGCCGAAACCGUGGAAGUGCCGGAACUACUUGGCCCGUUUCUUCGUGUGUGGCUGAUCCAUUCCUCAUUUUCGUCGGGAUAUGACAUCCUGCGUCUUGCUCUACCGGCUUGCCUAUGCCAGCUGGCUUCACAGUCUAGGCGGAAUGUCGUAGCAUUGCAUGCGACCAAUAUGCUCAGCGCAAUCCUCCCGCUCUUGUUUGAUGGCGUGCGAUCCGACAACGAAAAGACAAUCUAUCAAAACCUCGCUCAAUCUCUCAGCGUGCAGGGUAUGAGUAGCUUGGAAGAUGCAGUUGCCUUGUAUCGUGGGGCUCACGACAACCCCCAAGUCCUGAAAGUCCUGCUGUCUGCUCUCAAGUCCUCCAAGGAGCCCCCAUCAAUACAAUUCGACAUGUCCAGACAUGGCUUCUGCUCCGCCGAGUUUGCGACCCUUGGCAGGCCAUUCCCCCCAACUAUGUCUUCGGGCUACACCCUGGCGGCGUGGGCUCGUUUCGAUGAGUUCGACCCCAACACGCAUACUACGAUUUUUGGUGCAUUUGAUGCGAGUCAGACAUGUUUUAUUCUUGCAUACCUGGAGAGGGACACUCGACACUUUAUUCUCCAGACCUCCAUCCGAGGCGCCCGGCCCAGUGUCCGAUUCAAGGCUGCGAAGUUCGAACCGAAUCGUUGGUAUCACAUUUGUAUUGUUCACAAGAGGCCGAAGCCAAUGUCUUCGUCUCGGGCGUCCUUAUUUAUAGACGGAGAGUUUGUCGAGCAGCUUAAGAUUGAGUACCCCUCAGUGCCCACUAGUCUUCAUCCAAGCAAGCCUCCCCGGAUCCAGGCAUUCUUCGGCACGCCCCAGGACCUGGCUAUGCGUCUCGGGAAGGGGGUCUCCACUUCUCGAUGGUCUCUCGUCAAUGGAAUGCUCUUCGACGAAGCCUACAGCGAUGAUAUGGUAGCCGUAUUUUACAACCUUGGGCCGAGGUAUUAUGGAAACUUCCAAGAUUGCCUCGGCUCUUUCCAGACAUACAAGGCAUCUGCAACCCUCAAUCUGCGGAAUGAACAUCUUCAUCCAGGAAAAGAGGAGUCCUCUGAUAUCAUCACUGCCAUCCGAAGACGAGCAAGCACUUUGGUUCGCGAGAGCUCGAUUCUGAUCAAUAUUUCGCCUGUUGCUGUGCUUGAUGACGAUGACAGUAAUAAUGUCGACGAAUCGCAGCUGAUCAAAGGUCUUUCACGACAGGCGGCUAAGAGCUUACACCAGCUCACAAAGGCUGGUGGAAAUGCCGUGGCAGUGAAUGGCGGCACUCCAGCCAUUAACGAGGGUCUCACUCAGCCUCAGGGAGUUGGUAUCUUGACAGGUGAUCCUGUCGUGGCCGUCCCACGGGCAAUGGACGACGCCAGUUGGUGCAUCGGGGGAUGUGCCGCGGUGCACCUGAGCCUAGUCAAGGCAGCGAGCACAGUGGAAAGCACCCGAAUGGCCGUUUCUGCUCUCUACGAAGCCGUGCAGGAUAAUUGGAGAAACAGCGAGGCGAUGGAGCGAGAAAACGGAUAUGGCAUUCUUGCGGCCUUAUUGAGAGAGAAACUUGGAUUCCAUGUCGGGAACUCCCAUGCAGUGAACAAGAUCGCCGCGGUCAGCUCGGAUUCCCAAGAUUUGGCUAUCUUGACCCUCGAUCUACUGCAUUUGACCCUGGCGUUUGUUGGCUACGAUUUCGCGCGCCCCAAUCGAUCCAUCAUCACAAAUCCACUUGCGUACCGUGUUCUCCUAGUUGACAUGGAUGUUUGGCGACUCGGUGAUGCACCCACCCUCGAGCUGUAUUACUCACAGUUCCGUACCUUCUCUUCCGACAGCAACUUCCGCCGUUUCAACGCCAGGCGGCUGGGCCGAAUGCGCGUCAACAAAAAAUUGCUGGAGACGAUGAAGAGUGGCGAGCUGACCGAGGAGUCUAUGCGGCCUUGUCUCUCGGCGUUUCGAUCGUUGAUGGAGAGCAACCCAUCUCCUGAUUUACUACGGUCUCUGUCAUUAUCAAUCACAUAUGUUCUCCACAAACCCAAAGCGCCGACCAGUCUGAAGAAAAAGAAGAGCCUUCGAUACUUGGAACCAUCGUCACGCCCCUCGUCGGCGAAGGCGGAUAUCAAGUACAUUCCUGGUGUCACUCUCGGUACUGAAAUGCUGCGGCUAUACUGUGCUGUGCUGUGCAAUCCACACGACCCUACUCCCCUGAGGAAAUUUGCCAAAGCUGUGACAAGCAAGUGGCUUCUUUACCUGAUGUCCGAGGAUGAGCCUGAAAUCGGGCUGCUUGCAACGAAAAUAUUGGCUCGCUUGGUCGUCAUUCAUGGCAGUGCAUACAGCAAGAAAUUCGCCGAGAAGAGUGGUGGAUACAUCAUCUUAGAGCAUCAUCUGAAGCGAUGGUGGAAUGUGCCAGCUUUGUGGCCCAUCUGUUUCUCUAUUCUUUUUGGGGUCGACCAUGCAUCACUAGACCUCAGCAAGCCGCUUGAUUUGGCCGGGAUGCUCAAAAUCUUCUUGGAACGAGGCGAGGCCAAGGUUGUAUUCCCUGACAUGCUACCGGUGAUCACAAAUAUGUUGAAGAGUGGCACGCGCAACGUAAUGAUGGCAACGGAGACGGAUGAUAACAGCCAGGACUUGCUACCAGAGCAGGCUUCUCAUUGCGAAAAGCCUCGCAUGGAUUCUUUAAAACUUUCAGGUAUGCUUGAUUCGCCUCCAGGCAUUACUUCUCUAACAUUGACAGAUGCGUCGGAUCGUAAUGUCUCCGGGUUUGCCCUCCUCAGCUCGAUCGUCGAGUUUUUGGCGGAAGUUCGUCGACAGUCCCCAAUCUUCCAAGAGUUUACUGCACACUCUACCUAUGUGCAGGAGCUUCUUUCCGUGAUCUACCCUGUCGUUGUCGGUGCCGACACCGUCAGCCCAAAUGCGGAGCUGAACUUCCGACACAGUGGCCUUAGCUUCGAUGACAGCAACUUGGUCUUGCGCCCGCGGUUGAGCACAACUGGCACACCAGCGGCCCUACAGACCACCACAGUCGACUGUUCGGAAGCUCCGAACGAGAGUACAGGAGCUUUGCGACGGGGCUCGUCAUUCAUUCUAGUCUCUUCCGAUAAAUCCAAGCUUCAGCCAUCAUCUGCACGUAUCAAACGCUUCAUCGACCCCACUUUCACCGGGAGCAAAACUGCCACAGCUCAUCCACUUGCCAAGGCUGUGUUGGAGCUGGUUCUUGAUGUUUUCCAAGACCAAGUUCUGGGACGCAAGGAUUUUACAGGACUUGGACUUUAUCUUAAGACCCCCCCUGGCUUCUUGGAACACCAGGCAUAUUUCAACUCUUGGGUUUUUGGUUGCUUGCUUUCGGCAUUACAAGACUUACCGGUAGUCCGACCGGGCCUCCUUCAUGAGCCCCGGACAUUGACCAAUCUUGGCCGCCUGGCAAUUCAUCUUACCGAAGCUGUGUACGAGGGCUGGUUUAUUAAUGGAGGGUCCUCCACCCUGGAGUACAUAGGAACCAUCUUGGAAUAUCUGCAGCGCCCAGAUAUCUCCCAACUGAAGAGCAUCCGUCUAUGUGGCCCAGCUGUGACAACGAUCCGCUCGACGCUGUACAAAGUCGUCUUGAUCCAACUUUCAGAAGCGGAUGAUUCAUCGACAGUCCCUUUGCUCAAUCGCUUGAAUUAUUGGCAGGUGGUUGUCCUCGCAGCAGCCGAAACCCAAUCAAAGCACUUGCAUCUGCUUUGCUAUCAAUUGUACAACAAAUUGAUCAGCACAGACAAUGAGGUCCGCUCCGCUGCUGCUCGUCUAUGGAGGGUCAUACUUGUGCAGGCUCCGGACGAGAUCACUGCACUUCUCGGACACGCACCCGCAUCUCUCCAGCGUCGACUGGCAGACGGGUUUGACGCACUAUCUGGAAUGGAUGAUGAAGCGUUCUUGAUUUGGAUCAAUGACCAACGAGAAGACCUUGAUGCUUUGUUUUUCGGAUAUCUCUCUCGUUUGUGGGAAGGCUUCGUGCAAGAAGAAAACACCAGCUGUGAAGAGUCUGUCAGAAGUCGGGUUUCAAAGCGGAAAGAAAAGCUCAAGCAGUGGGCCCAGAUCGAGAAAUACGAUGAAGACAUGACUCGAAAGCACGACACAACACUACCGCACUGGAUAUCGAACAUUGCAGCAUCCGAGUUCCUGAAAUCCCAGCGGUUCUUACAAGACUUGCAGGAUAGUUCUACCUUCAUGUGGUCUGCUUUCUCUGAUCUGCUACUCGACCUGCGACGACCGGGUGGCCUAUUAUCAGAAGACAAGGAAAGAAGGUGGUGGCUUGACCUAACAGAAGGCCGCAGCCGCAUGCGCUUGCGUCUCGUUCCAGAUGAGUCGGGCGAGCGACAAGAUUACCAACCAAAGCGCAAAGCAUCGGAACCCCCUGCAAUCAAGCUAGAUACCAGGAUGCGUGCGCUCUCGGAGGGUGAGGGCUUGACAACACCUCAUCCUCUCAACACGGAAAAUGAUAAUUUAGAGCCCGUGUCAGCGAACGGUGACAGUGAUAACCGAAGCCUCAUGGAGGACAACUUCGAGUUGAUUGAUGACCCCAAGAUCGAGCUCGAAGAUUAUGAAGAUAGGAAUCGAAAGGUGAUGAGAUCCCUUCAGCGUGGUGACCAAGUUCAGAGCGUUUGCAACCUGUCUCGCAUCAUUGGCUUAGAAGCAGUUGAAGGCAUCCUGAUCCUUGGCAAAGACUGCAUCUACAUCCUUGACAACUUCUUCCAGAGGGCAGAUGGUGAAAUCGUCAACGUUUGGCAAGCCCCCAACGAGGAGCGAGACCCCUACGUGCGCAUGAUUGCUGGUCGUGAAUCCAAUGACCGCCGCUCCCAAGAACACGAAACCAGAAGCUGGAAAUGGUCUGAUGUCGUCAGUGUCUCCAAGCGCCGCUUCUUGUUCCGCGAUGUUGCACUCGAGAUAUUCUUCACAGACGGCACCAGUUACUUGUUGACCUUGAUGUCAAGCAAAGCAAGAGAUGAUCUAUGCACCCAGCUUGGCAUCAGAGCACCGCAGGUCACUGGAAGUACUGGACACUCGCGCCCUGAAGACAUCUGGCGAUUUGAGACCCUUCGCAGCCAGGACGACGCACCGCAGUCGCUUGGAUCCAAGUUUGCUAGUGUAUUUGGACAUCUUCCAUCCAAUCCAGCAACGCGGAAAUGGGUCAGGGGUGAAAUCUCGAACUUCCAUUAUCUCAUGUUGAUCAAUACCUUUGCCGGGCGUACAUUUAAUGAUCUGACUCAGUACCCAGUGUUCCCAUGGGUUCUGGCAGACUACACCAGCGAGGAGCUAGAUCUCACCAAUCAUGCAACGUUCAGGGACCUGUCUAAACCCAUGGGAUGCCAGACCAUGGAGCGAGAAGCCGGAUUCCGGGAGAGGUACAAUGCUUUCGCGGAGAUGGGCGACGAUAAUUCCCCUCCUUUCCAUUACGGGACGCAUUACUCCUCGGCCAUGAUUGUCUGUUCCUACCUCAUCCGCCUGCAGCCGUUUGUCAAAUCUUAUCUCCUUCUCCAGGGUGGCUCCUUUGACCACGCUGAUCGUCUCUUUUAUUCCAUCCGCAAGGCAUGGGAGUCUGCAUCGCGAGGAAAUAUGACGGACGUUCGAGAGCUGAUUCCUGAGUUCUUCUAUCUCCCUGAGUUCCUGACCAACUCCAACAAAUAUGACUUUGGACUUCUCCAAAACAUGACCACAGCCAUUGAUUCGGUCGAGCUGCCCCCAUGGGCCAAGGGUGACCCCAAGAUUUUCAUUGCCAAACACAGAGAGGCACUUGAGAGUCCUUACGUUUCCGAGAACCUACAUCACUGGAUUGAUUUGGUUUUCGGUAGUAAGCAGAAGGGUGAUGCGGCUAUUGAGUCUGUCAAUGUUUUCCAUCACUUGUCCUACAAAGGAGCCAAAGAUCUAGACGCUAUCGAUGACCCCAUGGAACGGCUGGCCACAAUUGGUAUCAUCCACAACUUCGGGCAAACUCCACAUCAGAUAUUCCAAAGAUCUCAUGCUGUGAGGGAACAUCAGAAGCAUCGCAUUCCACGGCUUGAUACUCUUGCCGAGUCACUGACCCAAAUGCCUUUAUCUCUGCUCAACAUCGAAGAGCGUGUGGCGACUCUAUCUAUGAAACAGGAUCGUUUGCUGUGUACUGCGGCCCUCCGACUCAAUGUCCCGCCAACGUACGAAUAUUACAUGGAAUGGGGAUUUUUCGACGGCAGUGUUCGUUUCUACACUGCUGACACUCGCAAGCUCCUGGGUCAUUUCGAACAUUUGCAUGUUGGCCAAUUGUCCUGUGCCACCUUUGCGGAUUCUCGCACUCUCGUUACUUGUGGCACUGACUGUACCAUCUCAUUGUGGACGGUUACUGCGACGUCGAAGUCGGUCGAUUUGCAACCUAUCGGCUCUCUCUUCGGUCAUCGGUCCCCUGUCACAGUGCUUGCUGUGUCCCGUUCGUUCAGUGCCUUAUUAUCUGCAUCUACUGACGGUCACAUCAUGCUGUGGGAUCUGAAUCGGCGGUCUUUUGUGCGAGCUCUUCCCACUGAAGGCGUAGUCGACUGUGCUCGCAUCAACGAUGUCUCAGGAGACAUCAUGGUCUGUCGUGGCAAUCGCCUGUGCCUCUACACCCUCAACGGGGUUGUGCUUGUGGAUCAACCGGUCUGCGAAUCUAGUGAUGAUCGCGUCUUGUCCUGUGUCUUCUACGAAGGUGUGCAGAAUGAAUGGCUCGAACGCGAGUUGGUUCUGACUGGCCAUACCCGCGGUGUUGUCAACGUCUGGAGCAAGAGCAUCCGAGGCGGUCAAUUUGAACUGGAGCUGAUCCGCCAGCUGCACCAUACGGACAGCAAUCGCGACAAUGGUGCUAAUAUCAGUGCGGGCAUUAGUUGUAUGCUGGCCCUUCCCCACGUGGUCUACACGGGGGAUGAGGCGGGUCGAGUGUACGAGUGGAACUGCAUCCAACGCCGCUGA